CUUUGACAGAUAUGAAGUAAUUCGACAAUCGUUUGAUUGUUAAGAAGAUCAGAGGAGAAUCAGUCUUUUAUUUGCCUCAGUGAAAUUGAUUGCCGGGGAAAUCUAGCCGGGGGGAGCAUUUCACUUGCAAAGUACUCACACGAUGCCGCCCAUAGAUCCUAACCGGGCAGGGCUGCUCGUGUUCUUGCUGAUUAUUAUGCUUCUCACGCCUGAAUCUGCAUCGCCGUCGCAAAGAUCGGCUUUUCAGGAGUUUCUCAAAGCGCAAAGACAUAGACGAGAUGUUUUGCUGAAUGCUACAUUCGAGGAAGGACCGGUCGAUCUAGAAGGAAUCAGCAAUCCGGUACUUCCAUACGAGCUGCAAUCCAUGGCUUCUGAUCUCUGGGAGUCUCAGCAACCCACUACGUCUGACGGCGCCGAUAGCUAUUCAUUUUAUCACAACAUUACAGGUCUCGUGCGUGGGGAAUGGGAGAUAAGCGACCUGAACGUUGACCCGAUGGAGCUGUCUCAUUCGAGCGAGUAUGUGCUCAAGACCCCGCGACUGAAUAAUGUUACUGGGGCUGUUAUGUGGGAGUCAUCAGGAGACAAUCGCAACAUCACUGAUCGGGAAGGUAUCAUGACCCUCGAUAUUGGCGAGACACGUCCAGGUCCGGUGCAAAUGAUAGAGGCCAAUUUGAACAUACAAGAUAAACAAGGAAAGAAUGGUCACGAUAUACCUCUCAGGGGUAUACAUUUUGUUGACACUGGAAACAUAGUGAUGGCCACUACUAGCAGAAAAUUUGCUGGCCUUUAUAGUCUUCCGUUCCUGACUCUAACGGAAGAGCGAUUCAACCAGUCAUAUACCCCUUUCAUGACAGAAAUAAACCGAACAAUAUCAGAGCUGGAAGCUAUAUAUAGGCGAGAUAUCAAUCCCGCUGUCAGCAGUUCCUCAAGUGCUUCAGAAAGUUGCGAGUAUAUUGUGUAUCUGCAGAUUCAUUCCAGUCCAUUGUCGCCUGAGGAGAUGAGUGUGGUAGAGGACGAAUUGCGAUUUCCAAAGGGACAGCCGCAUGAGGAUAUUCCAAAGAUUGAGAUCUCGUCUCUGGUUUACUCACCCAACUGCGGUAUAGUUCUGGAAAGCAGGCUGAGCGUUGGUGACAAGAUCGAGCAAUUCUGGAGCCAGGCCAGUCAUGCCGCGUUGGUAGCUGGCUGUUUGACUGUUAUCCAGAUCUGGCUGCUUAUAAGGCAAAUGAACGAUACAAAUACGCCUUCGACUGUUUCCAAGCUGAGCUUUUGGACAAUCGAGCUGAUGUCGUUAGUAGAUGGUUAUCUAUGCAUGGGGUAUCUUGCCGCUGCGGUCUUCAUGGAGUCAACAUUUUUGCCGUUCAUGACUGUUGCAUUUUUGACGUUUUUACUAGUCUCGGUGUUUGGUAUGAGAUAUUUGAUAUUGAUCUACCGGAUCCAGCGACCGGAAAACCGUCGUCAGCAAGCCGCAGCAGCAGCUCAAACAGCAGCAACUACUGCAAACAAUGACGGCGGUCUACCUCUUCCGGCAACAGCAACGCCCCAGACCGAGCAAGCAAACAUGGGCAGCGGCGCCACUCCUGAUGAUGAUGGCCGGAGUGACGUGAGCCUGAUUUAUUCCCGAUUUUAUUUCAUUCUUCUUGCAUUCAUAUUCCUCACACUAAACGCUUCUACGUGGCCUAAAGUGUAUCGACGAGCAUUUCAGCAUUUUUUGUUUCUGUCUGUGAAUUCAUACUGGGUGCCGCAGAUCUACCGCAACGUCAUGCGUGGAUGUCGCCGAGCUUUCAAAUGGGAGUUUGUGCUGGGGAUGAGUGUGAUUCGGCUUAUUCCCAUGCUCUAUCUAUAUCUUUACGAGAACAACAUCAUAUUCCAAGAGGUCGAACCCGUUUGGGCGAUGAUCAUCUCCUGCUGGGUAUGGCUGCAAAUCUGCGUCUUAGCCGCCCAGGAGAUUCUUGGGCCCAGAUUCUUUGUACCUGGAAACUUUCUUCCUCCGUCUUAUGAUUAUCAUCCGCCUCUAUCGAUCCCAGAUCUGGAAAGCAGGGCGGCAUUAGGUGACGAUCUACCCACGAUCUCAACGGACAGCCAAGGUGGAGUUGUUGUGAUGGGGCCUACUGACUGCGCUAUCUGCAUGCAGCCCAUAGAAUUGCCAAGCGAGUUGUUUGUGCAGCACGAUCACAAUAGAUCGGGAGCUGCCACGUCCAGUUCCUCGGCGAGCGCGCUCCUCGCGAGGCGAAAUUAUAUGGUCACUCCUUGCCGUCAUAUCUUCCACACGCAAUGCUUGGAGUCGUGGAUGAGAUUCAAGCUACAGUGCCCGACGUGCAGAAACCCGCUGCCUCCGUUAUGAUUUUGCCUCACUGUAAUGUCACAUACUUUUUUUAUAUGUUAUUCGAUCGAUUUGUUUCAGGAGUCUUAGAUGGGCAUGAUAGUAGUGCUCCGGAGAUUGGAGUUGGAUUUGGAUUACGAUUUUGAGGGACUUCGAGCAGGAAAUGUCACAUGGGGAGUAGUUCAGGUGAUUUGUAAAUACUAGUAGGAGUUUCAAAUCCGGCAUGUUAUCAUAUGCAU